AGUUCAUCGUCAACUACAGCUAGAGUGUAAAGUACUUUGUCCGCAUCAUUAUUUUUCGCUGGUUCAGAUCGGGUUCGUCGCGUUUCGAUUGCGAGUGAUGAAAAUUGUAAAUUUUGCCUGAAAAACUGCGUUUCCCGUGGACGAUCCGUGCGGAAAAUUGUUCGUCGUGUUCUGCAGUGUGAUUUGGUGGUGUUUUCCGUUCGGAAUCAAUGUGCUAAUGCAGUGUGUUCUACGUGUUUUAUGUGUCUAGCAGCUAGGAGCUGUUGAGGCUCAUACAGUGGCGAGGAAGGAAACCGAAAUGGUUACACAAUACCAUCAGCAUCCUCUCCGUGGUGGGAUUUGAAUCUUUGUGCUUUUGUGGUGUGAUGUUCUUGCCGUUUUAUAAAAUUCAACAACCCAUCAUGAAGAGAAUCAAGCGACUGGAUUAAAGAAAUCAACCAUCAACUAAUCGCGAUAGGAUCCUUUCGGAGAAGGGAAACACAACCUUCCCAAAUAUUCUGUACAAGUAUAGUGAGUCAUUCCGAGUAUCGAUUUUGACAAGCGAGAAGAAAGAGUCGAGUGUUGGUGUGGGCUGUGGGCCACCCCGAAAAUCCGUCGUGAAAAGUUUCGAAGAAUUGGUUGAAGAAGAAGAAGAAAGCGCUCGAGUUUUUGGUGUCUGACGUCGAGUUCGCGUCGCCGUCUGGCGCAACCCAAGGAAAAAGAAGGGAAAAAUUGUGUCAUUUAAAGUGAAGAAGAUAACACGUGAUUUGUGAAAGUAGGUGGGAUAUCGGACCGGAGACCGGAGUAGACAAAGGAUCACACCAUCGACCUUUUCCUCGGGUGCCCGAGGGAUGGCCAUGUUCCAUCCGUCACCGUGAGUCGUAGUUUUUCCUGCGAAUAAGUGUGUUAGUGUGUGCGCCGUUGAAUCGAAUCGACCGGAAGUUGCUGUUCGGUGUAAAUCUUUAUCAGCUGGACCUGGAAGGAAUCGGACAUUUGCGUGCGGAAAACGGACCUGCUAGAGAACAUGGAAGGCUCAGGCGAUGGAUCACCUCAAUCAUCGAUGUGUAUGGUGAAGGCGGCUGAGCUUUUCCCAAAACCAGUGCUCGAAAAGGAAGAGGACAAGCUCACCGUCCGCUUCAACGAAUUGCCCGGCGAGUCCGUCAAAUAUCUCGGUCAGACGGAUGACGGUAUCCUAGCGCUGUCCAACUACCGUCUGUUCUUGCUGAAGAAUUCCAUCGGUGCGGAAACGUCCGUACCCCUGGGCUUGAUCGAGUCCACGCAAAUCCGGGACCUGUUCCACCUGAUCGCCAACUGCAAAGAUGCUAGUACAGUAAAAUGCUCAUUUUCCACAUCGGAACAGUGCUCAGAAUGGCAACGGCGGAUAUCGCUGUCCAUCGGUGUUCCAGAGACGCUAGAGUCACUGUUUGCCUUUCCAUUCCACGCGUGGGCAUCGGAACUACCGACCCUCAAUCAGGAUAACGAAUGGUACGGUCGAUUACAGCGGGUCGGUAACUACGACGACGAUUUCCGGAAGGAAGUCGAACGGUUGCAGUUCGAUCUACAGGGGGCCUGGCGGAUAAGCCAUGCCAAUGCAGAAUUCAAACUAUGUCCUUCGUAUCCGAGAUUACUGCUCGUGCCAGCGUGUAUAUCGGACGAUACUCUGCAGAAUGUGGCAAGUUUUCGAAGUUCCAGACGAAUUCCGGCUGUGGUCUGGAGACACGAACGUACCGGAGCGGUGAUCGCUCGUUGCAGUCAACCGGAAGUCGGUUGGCUAGGCUGGAGAAACUCCAAGGAUGAACAGCUCCUGAAAGCUCUCUCAGAUGCGUGUGCUUUCGAUCGUGGCACGCAAGACUCGAGAACUCGUCAUAACUCAACAGCGUCCAGCGAGAGCAGUCCUCCCAGCCCGGAGGGAAGUCACGAGGAAGUGGAGAUGGACGAACCGAAGAAAAUUCUGAUCGUUGACGCACGAUCGUACACUUCGGCGGUCACGAAUCGUGCCCGUGGCGGAGGCUGCGAAUGCGCCGAGUACUAUCCAAGUGCAGAGAUUCAGUUUAUGAGUCUCGGAAAUAUCCACGUCAUUAGGAAAAGUUUCCACGCACUGCGUCAGCUUUGCGCGUCGCAGCCAGAUAUUCCAAAUUGGUUGAGUCUGUUGGAGCGCACUAUGUGGCUACAGCACAUGUCCGGACUGCUAGCGGCGUCAAUGGUCGUAUGUCACGCGAUCGAACGAAGUGGACGUCCAGUAUUGGUGCACUGCUCCGACGGAUGGGAUCGUACGCCGCAAAUUGUAGCCACAGCUCAGCUUUGUCUCGAUCCGUACUAUCGCACGAUCGAAGGUUUCCGGGUAUUGGUCGAACGGGAAUGGCUUAGUUUCGGACAUAAAUUUUCAGAUCGCUGCGGACACGGACCCGGAUCGGACGAAACGAACGAACGAUGUCCAGUGUUCCUUCAGUGGCUGGACUGCGUUCAACAGAUCCACCGCCAAUUCCCGUGUAGUUUCGAAUUCGAUAUGGGUUACCUGAUCAAAUUGGCACAACACUCACAUUCAUGCCUGUUCGGAACGUUCCUCUGCAAUACGGUUAAGGAACGUCUGGAAAAUAGCGUUCCGGAUCGUACAUUUUCGGUGUGGCCUUUCCUCUCGGGACCGAUGUACAAGAAUCACCUGUAUGUGCCGAAUCGGGAACGUGUUCUGUGGCCUGCACAUAGUGUAAGAGAUUUGAGACUAUGGACUGAAGUUUACCUGGGUAGUUGGGGUGGCAACCAAGGCUCGGCAGACUAUCCGGCCAACGGAGAUGGAGUGGCCGGGCAAGAGCUUAACGGUUCGAUGACGAAAACUCGCUCAUACGGAGAUUUAAUGACUGGAGUUAACGCCGGUGGUUUGACCAGAAGGUCAAGCGAUCCUAACAUGACUGUCGAUUCUAGUAUUCUCGCUGGAACUUUGAACCUCUCCCAGGAGAACUCUAUCGAUUCCAACAUGUCGUCGGAUCGGGAGGUCUCGCCCGAUCUGGUCGAUCACCAUACCAGCUCGCUGGCCAUGAUUCAGCACACCACUCAAAAGCUACAAAGUCUUACUCAGGAGCUAAACCAGUCCGACGAGGAGCUGGAGAACAACAUCAAAAACACAAAGCGGGGAGCGCUGACUACCGAGAACACUACUACGUCUAGUCUUUUUAUUAAUGGAAAUAGUGAUAGUUAUAACUUCAAACCAAUUGUUCCUGAACAGCCGACCGUGGCCGUUGCUCCUCAGUCGAGUACUCCGCCGCCAUUGGUUCAGCAGAGGCAUCAUCUGAUGGACGAGAUCGACGAGAAUACGUCACGAAUCGUCAAGAUCGAGAGCUACCUGGGGGCAGACGUGGUCGACGGUCAGCGUGGUAUGCUACGGAUCGCCAAGCCCAUUCCUGCUAUCGAUCUUGCCUCGGCCGACAUGAUGGAGAGUGUAGACUUGAGCGGAAAAUCUCCCUCACCACCCCCGCCAGCGAUAACCUUAUCGCCGCAACAUGCGGUCGGAACAAACCUAUGGCAUGGUUCGGUCGAAACCAGUACCGACACGUUGGUUCCUCUGGAUCAGUAUUCGUCCCCGAAGCGCAUUAUCCAGCUCAGCGAAAGCAGCGGCGAGGAUGAAGGGCUUGCAUGCUCCACCAUCACCAAGAAUAAUGAAGAGGAGGACGAUGCGGACGACGAUAACGACGACGACGACGAUGACGUCGAGGACGGUGGACACAAUCUGAAGAAUAGUAUUAGUUUAGACCUAGCAAGUAACGGUAGACAUGACCAUCACGAAGACUUGACCGUUGACAACGGAAACGACUUUGCGACUAGUACUACUACCACUACUACUACUACUACUACUACUAAUACUAAUACUACUCAGACUGGUGAUAGCAACGGAUGUGAUCUAUUUAGUGAUAGUAUGGAUAAUGAUAGGAACAAUUACAACCAAGGAAAUGAAAUUAAUCAAAAUCCGACUCCAAAAGAGCAACCCGACGACAGUGGUCGCUUGAGGAACGAUAUAACGGAUGCACACCAGGCUUCCUUACAGUCGGUAGCCCUGGUGAAUGGAACUGCCGCCAGUUAUAGUAAGCUAAAAUGCUCGAAUCCAAUGGACGAGAGUAUCGUCAUUCAGCCGCAGUUCCAGCAGCUUGAAAUCAAUGGCAAGUCGUCGGGUGAAAACGGUACCCAGCAUCAGUCACAAAACCACCAACCACAGUCACAACUACAACAACAGCAAACAACAUCUUCUCACUAUCAACCGCAAAAUCAGCGACGAAGACGUAACUCAUCCAACUCGAAAAACGAUAUGAGCCCCAACAAGCCUACCAAUGGAAGUUUCAGUAUAUCCCCAAGUGCCACAAACUCUCGCUUCUCGACGCCGGGUGCCCGCUCACUGCCACUGACCCCACCGAGCGUGCCAUUCUCGAUCCAAAGUCCGCCGGCGGCUGCCCUGUCCUGUCCGGACGGUUUGGCUCAUGCCCUGUCCGAACAGAACCUACGGCUGCAGCAGAUCGUCUAUGAGAAUAGGCUACGGGAAGAAGCGUUGCAACGUGAGCUGUACGCAACUCGGUUAGCCCUGCUGGAGAAAACCUGCCACCAUUGCAGCAACCAGCAGUACGGUAACGAUGACCCGGUGUACGUUAGCCAGGGGUCUUGUGACGAAGAUCGGUUAGAACCGAAAUUGGUCACUUUUUCCAUCGAUGAUGUAGUGGUGAAGGUGCCUCCUAGAGCUUCGGGAGGUUUUUACGAAUCGGCGAACCUAACGAUAACGAUGCUGAUGAUGACCGCGACAAGGGCGAAUGACACAGGGCUCAUUUUCUGUGACAUAGGAAAACAAGAACAUGAAGAAGAAAUCCGUCGGUUCUGGAAAAGGUACCGGGGUCGGCCGAGUCGUACCCAAAGGAUCUGUACCACUAUCCACAAGCUGCUCGAAAGAGUCCGAGUGAAGCGUGGCGGUGGCGAAUAUGUCGAUUCCGAGUCGUUGGCUUCCCUGGUGGACUCAAUGAACGAGAACGCCUCCAACUGUUCGUGGGAAGCGGUAGACGAACGUAGUGCCCCGUCGUCCGGAGCAAACUCGUCGCAGCAAAUCACCAGCAGUGUCCUGUGGGUACCGGAUCAUGCCGUAUCGAGGUGUACCACGUGCCAGACCGAGUUUUGGCUCGGCCGACGGAAGCACCACUGUCGUUCGUGUGGGCACAUUUUCUGCGCAAACUGUGCCCAGUACUGGGCUCCACUUUCCGACGGAAAGCUGUACCAAACAGUACGAUUAUGCGGGCCCUGUUAUCAGAACGUUUGCGGCAAGAUGGUUAGUAGCCAUCAACCGUCAACGAGCGGUAGCAUAAUUGUAAAUAGUAUCAGCAGUAGCAGUAACAACAGCCAACACAUCAGCAAUAGCAUGAAUGGAAGUAUCCUAGCAGCUACCAAACAGCACAACGCUUCAUCUUCAUCGCCCGUGAAUCAGAUGGCAAGCAGCAGUAAUGGCGUUGCGGUUGCAUUGAUGACGUCCAUCAAUACUGCCACAAUAGGCAACAGUAAUUGCAAACACGUCGUUACGUCAGUAGCUAGUACAUCGUGCAGUGCUAGUGCCAAUAGCGGUACCGACCGAGAAGCUUGUAAAGCUACUACCGCUACGAACUAAUUGCAUGUCCUGGUCUAUUCUGUUAUCCUUUGUUGCAUGUAAGUCCCCUUGUUUUUAUUCCCUACUUUCUGCUUUAUUUAUGUUCUGUCCUGUAGCUUAUUGUUUCUAAAUGUUUCUUUUAUUGGUGAAUCAUUAUUCUUUUUAUUUAAAUCAUGAUUUUACCCCUCACUAUUUGAGGAUCAUGCAGCACAUGUUGAUAAUAAUUGUCCUUCAAAUUGUGAAAAUGGAAAAGCAUAUUCAAAAGUUGAAUGUUCUAUGAGAGCUUUUUGAACAGAUUGAACAGAAAUAUAUAUAUAUGCAACAUAUAAUGUUACAAAUGGUGAAAUAUUGAUAUAAACAUAACUUAACAAAAUCGAUUAAAAACAAGUCGUAUAACAACAUACACAAACAUAGAAAGCAACCUAUUAGGAGAAAGUCUGUGAACAUCACGAUCCGUAUACAUACAAAAAAUAUUCAUAGACAUAUUAAAUCAAUGAGUGAUUGCUAAACUGUAAAAAGGCACGAGCUAA